AUGGAUUAUUCUACAAUAAGCAACAAAACCACUUGUACAGAAGCCGAAGAACUAACCAACGGUGAACUAAGCGAACAGUAUUAUAUUCUAAAGAAACAAUAUGAUAAUCUUUUAAGUAACUUUGAUUCGAUAAAACAAGAAUUACAUGAAACGAGACGAAGUUAUCAAACAGCAUUAGAUGUUCAGAGUCAUUUAAACGCUGAGUUAGAAAGUUACCAAGUAGACGAGGAACGUCGUAAAUCGGAACUAACUUCAAAAAUAUCAGUUCUGCAAGAAGAAAUUUCACAGCUUCGGGAAGAGCGCGCAGAUAUUACCGAACGGCACGCUGUUGAUAUUAAAAAGUUUGAAACACAAAUUCGAAAUUUGAAAGAGGAACAGGCGUUAAGAGUCCGAGAGAGCCCUGAACGAGAUAAUACAGAGUUAGAAGAAAUCCGAAAUGUUGCGAAAACUGCUUUGUCUGAUGCAGCGACUGCGAAGGCCGCGCUUGAUGAAGCGCGGAUGGAAAUUAAAUCAUGGCAGUUGAAAACAGAGGAAAUGAUAAACGAGAUAGGAGAAAUGCGCGUUUCAGCUGAUUUACGCAGGGAAGAGCUGAGAGCUGCAAGUGAUAGAGAAGCGACAGCACUUGCUGAGUUAGCUGAAGCCAAAGCUAUGUUACAUCAGUACACAGAUCCCCAGGACUUACAGCCUCAUGCCACAAAGGGCAACUCUAUAUUUGCAGAGGUGGAGGACAAAAGACAAGAGAUGGCUAAAAAUCUCAUACAAAUGAAACAAACAAAUUCUAGAUUAAGACGAGAGCUAGCAAACAAACAAGCUGAAGUUGAUUCUUUACUGCAUGAGAAGCACACCAUCUGGGAACAACAGGCAGGUGCAGCAUCACACUAUGACCGAGAACUUAUUGAAAGCUAUGAAGAGCGCAUAACUCAGUUAGAAGGUGUUUGUGAGAAACAGCGGCGGGAGCUGGCGCGGUGGUUUGGCAAGCUGUGUGAGCCCACCGCUAACGGCUGGCUGCCUGGAGUACUGGAUCACUUGAAGACGGAGUGCGCGCAGCUCCGCGCCGAGGUGGUGUCGCGCGGCGCGGCGCAGCUGGCGGCCGCCGCGCACGUGCGCGCGCUGCGACGCAAGCUGGCGAGAGCCGCCGCGCGCGGGGACUCCCCGCCGCACGCGCGGGACCCCACGGACCACGGCGACGACGGCGCCACCACCAUACCCCUACAACUCAAAAGCAAACCCAACCCCGAUGAUGUUAAAAAGAAAGUUUCCUUUAAUUGA